ACACAAGCAAGAGAGGGUCCUGCAGGACAGCAAUGAUGCCGCCUAAAACCAAAGGAAAGGGGAGAAAAACUGGGGCACAGAAGAAGAAAAAAAACUCAAGUCCUGAUGCGGGGGCUGAGGCCAAGCACAGGCUGGUGCUGCUGGAGAAGGAGCUGCUCCAGGACCACUUAGCGCUACAGAGGGAUGAGACUCGCAGAGCCAAGGCUUCUGAAGAUAGGCUGAAGCAGAGGUUGCAAGAGCUGGAAGCUGAACUGGAAAGGGCCCAAAGCGAAGGGAAGGCUGUAUAUGCAGAGAUGAACCGCCAGCGUCGGGCCCUGCAAGAGGAGUUGAGAACCCGAAGCAAGCAUCUGGAAGAGGAAGUGAGAAGUCGGCAGAAACAGCUAGAAACAUGCCAAAGGGAGGCUAAGACAGCAAGGGAAGAGGCUGAGAAAGCCCUCAGAGAACAAGGUGAAACCCUGGCUCAGCUUCGUGCCCACGUGGCAAACAUGGAGGCCACGUAUGAGGAAAUCUUGCAUGGCAGCCUGGACUGUCUCUUGGCCAAGCUGAGAGCUGUCAAGCCUCAGUGGGAUGCGGCUGCGCUGAGACUCCACACCAGGCACAAGGAGCAGCUACGUCAGUUUGGUCUCAACCCCCUGGAUCUUUGAGGCCAUUGGCCUCUAAUCUCUGAGGCCUAGAAAUAAAGCAACUUGAUGUAGAAUCCAACAGAACUGGAUUGUGGCCUAUACCA